CCCGCGCCAGUGGGAGCCGCUCGGCGGAUCAUGUGCAGCCGCCGCUCGCAUGCGGCGCAGGCUUCGCUUUCGGGCGGCGGGUGGCUUGGAGACCCCUUCCCCAAACCCUGCCGACGGCAGCGGAGGAGGUGAUUUAUGCCACCUGCUCACAGAGCACACGGAAAUAAAUCGGUGCUUCCACUCUCUUGAGCAGCUGAAAGGAGGAACAUUACCCUGAGAAUGAAGCAAUAAAACACCUCUCUGUAGAACCGUAUGAUUGAAAACACGGUCCAGCCCUCCUCUGCUGCCAGACAUGCUUUUGUCCUCCUGCCCUGCUCACCCAAUGUUGCAGUAAUACAGAUGGAUCAUAGCAGAGAGGCAGAAAUGGAGUUACGGAGAUCCUCCAGCCCGGGCAAGCUAAGCAGGAACGACAUGGAUGCCGACAAGACCAUGUGCCACAGCUGCUGCAUCUGCGGUAAAAGUUUCCCUUUCCAGAGCUCCUUGUCGCAGCACAUGAGGAAGCACACGGGUGAGAAGCCCUACAAAUGCCCUUACUGUGAUCACAGAGCCUCCCAAAAAGGCAACUUGAAGAUCCACAUCCGUAGUCACAGAACAGGCACUUUAAGUCAGGGGCACGAGGUGGAGAUGGGAGAGGCGCAGCUGGGGGAGAUGGGUGUUUCGGAGGGCCUGGGUGGAUGUACCAGCCCCACUAAAAGCACCUCUGCCUGCAACAAGAUCUUGAACGGUACCACUCAGGUGGACGGCAGCAAGAUCUUGUUGAGAAGCAGUAAGAAGGAGGUCACGGAGGCGGUGCCCACCGAGGAGGAUGGCAAGCUGACCUCCUACCAGUGCAGCUUCUGCAAGAACAAAUUUGAAAGGAAGAAGGACCUGGAGCAGCACCUGCACCAGGUACACAAACCGUUCAAGUGCAGGUUGUGUAGCUACAUGACCCUGAGGGAGGAGACGCUGUUAAACCACAUAGAGAAGGACCACAUCACAGCUCAGGUCCCCAACGGGGAGGUCUAUGCUGAGAACUGCAAGAGCGAGCUGAGUGCAGGCGAGUUUCCGUGCGAAGUCUGUGGUCAGGCCUUCAGUCAAACCUGGUUCCUGAAAGCUCACAUGAAAAAGCACAGGGGGUCAUUUGAUCACGGGUGCCACAUUUGCGGCAGGAGAUUCAAAGAGCCCUGGUUUCUCAAAAACCACAUGAAGUCGCACGGCCCCAAGACUGGGAGCAAAAACAAACCAAAAAAUGACUUGGAGCUGAUAGCCACUAUCAAUGACGUGAUACAGGAGGAGACGAUUGUCACGGGCCUCUCUCUGUAUGAAGUUUGCACCAAGUGUGGAAAUCUGUUUACAAAUAUGGAAAGCCUGAAAGCGCAUAAUGCUGUUCACUACCGGGCGCAGCGAGGUGGUGCUGGGGAUAAAGCUGAGGGCUUAAUUGAUACGAGCCUAAGCUCCUCGGUAACGAAGCAGGUUUUCUUGCAGUGUCUCAAUCUAAGGCCAUCUGCAGGGUUGGACAGAGUUACAAGAGGACAGCCUGGGAAAAGAGUAGCUGAGUUGGAUCCGGUCAGUAGCUACCAAGCUUGGCAGCUGGCCACCAAAGGAAAAGUAGUAGAGCCCUCGGAGUUUGUGAAGUAUGUGGGAUGGGACGAGGCCCUGGCGGAUGCAGAUGUGACGUAUGACAAGGAUAAGAGAGAGUACAUCCUUGUCAACCAGGAGAAGCGCAAGCGAGACCAGGACUCGCCCAGCAACCCCAAGAAGAAGAGCUGCACCGGGGGGCGCCCAGAGAAAACCGGCGGUGCCCCGCUGGCAGAGAGCUGCCCGAUUGCCCAGGGGGAUCUGGACUACCGCCCCGCCUCCCGGCAGAGCCGGCGGGCUGCCCAGAACAAGUCCACCGAGUGCUUUGAGUGUGGGAAGAUCUUCCGCACCUACCACCAAAUGGUGCUCCACUCCCGGGUGCACCGCAAGGAGCGGAGGAGCUGUGCUGAGGGCGGGACAGCUGCCCAGCCCGACCGCUACGGAUCCAGCAGCGAGGAAGGGGACUCAGGGUCUGUCAGCGGGCCCAGCACUCCCGGCUCUGCAUCCGCCCCGGAGGAUUCUGCCACCUCUGGCCUGGGGGAGGAGGGAGCCGAGGAGAGCUCGGAGGAGGGAGCAGCCGACCCAUCGCUAGAUGAAAAGCCAUACCACUGCAACUUUUCUGAAGAGGAAACCCAAAUGGUAACAUCUCAAUUGGAUGAGCACCCAAAGCUGGGAAACCGCAAUUCCAGAGGCAACGAGGCCAGGGAUUCUAAACCAGAGAUUCCUGCCCUGGUGUCAGCACUGGACAGUGUCAUCAAGGAGCCCUUUUUGAAAUACCAAGACUUCAAAGGUUCUGCAGACAUAAAGAUGCCAGCAUUUCACCACAGCCAAGGGCUUCCUUGCUCCAGUCGCAUUGCUAGCUUUGCUAUGGCCCCAGGCCAGACAUCUUCAAACUUGGUAAUGGACUUGAAAACAUCACUUGAAAUGCAGGCUUGUCACGCUAGAGAAAAUUUGCUAGACUUAAACAGGGAGCAUCCUCUAAUAGAAAAAGGUGCUGAAAUUCAAGAGGCAGCUCCACUUGAUUUGAGUGAAAAAUCAACAAGGGAUAAUUCAUGCAAUAAAAAUCUGAAUACAUCCUUGCAGGCUGCUUUAAUUGUCUACCCGUGUCCGUUCUGCAGUCACAAGACCUACUACCCUGAAGUCCUGUGGAUGCACAAAAGAAUUUUGCACAAAAUCAGCUGUAACUCCAUGGUCCCCCCUUGGGUUCAACAGAAUGGAUUCAAGAGUAUUAAGAACAACUUGGUCUUUCUGGCAAGGAGUGGGCGUACCGGCCCCCCUCCCGUUCUUGGUGGCAAGGAAUGCCAGCCUUUGCCUGUUGCCAGAUUUACUCGCACUCAAGUGCCAAGUGCAUUGCCAGGGUCCAAAAGCAGUUCCCUUUCUGGUGGGAUUUCUGCAAAGUCCGGGAGCACACACCAGUCGAAGGACGGUCACGCCUUCAGCCACUGUGGCCCACGCUUAUCCGGUCCGGAUGGGUACAGGCAGCCCAAGUUGAACCAUUCCCAGGAGCAAUACGGCAUAGCAGCACAACAAAAAAGUAAAUACGAAGCAAAUCCCAAACCUAUGCAAACAGGAUCCUAUAGCAGAGGUGUAACGCCUACUCAGACGGUCAUAUCCAGGCCUAGCACACAGCCCGCCCACAGCAAGCAAGUGGAAAAGUACAUGGUUCCCCAGGGAAGUACAAGUUUUGGCUCUCCAGGUAAGCACUGUGCAUCUGACACCAUGAAGGCCAAAUUCAGCCCUCUGCCACAGUAUCACCCUCUGUGUAAGAGUGAGCAGUACACUAAAUAUGAAGAUCCAUCAGUGCCUCCGAGGGAAUCUCACAUGAAGGCAGGGAGUGAGAUGAGGACAUUGGCAAACUGCACAGCACGAGCGAGUCCACUGCUGCAGCCCCAGCCCAGCACCGCGGGAGUUUCCCCAGCUUUACACUCCAGCAAACAGGAUCUGGGAUCGGAUGGGCAUGAGAAACAUUUGGACGUUUUAAAUAUCUUUAAAACAUACAUUCCAAAGGACCUUGCUUCAUUGUACCAAACCUGCGGUGCCAACAGCCCUGUCCUGGAUCACACAGGGAUGCUCAGGACACAAACACGCCAAGGAGACUGUGUCUGCAGAGAAUGUGGAAAAGGCUUUACCCAACCCAGUCACCUCAGGACUCAUCAGAGGUCCCACGCAGUGGUAUUUGAGUCUAAUGGACUCCGAGGUACUGAAGUUCACACCACCUCCGCAGAUGCCCCAAAACAAGAAGAAUUCAGUCCACCUAUGGAUCAGCUGGUUCAAAAUCUGACUGUCCCCUUUGCAGGGGAGAGAUCACGGCGGAGGCCCGGAGGUCGCCCACACGCUGCCUCUCCGGAAGGGAACUUAGAGCCCCGUCGGAGGAGCCCCCGCCGCGCCGGGGAGCAGCGGGAGGAGCGGCAGCCCCUCCAGCAGCGGCAGAGCUGCUGCCUCCCUGACAGACACCGCCGAGCCCGGAGCCGCCGUGCGAGACCGAAACCAGAGCUCUGCCAGGAAAGGGUGGGGGGAGGAGGAUGGGGGUGCCUCUGCGCUGUUAAUCAUUUUAAAACAAAUGAAGAUGCUACACGAGAUAUAUAUAAAUUGACGUACUAAUCAGUCCCCUGGUUCCUUAUUUCCUUUGUAAUAAACAGUGGAGUUGGCAAGCGCUGUGGCAGCACGAGGCAUCUGUAUUAAUCAAGAGAAGUUUGAGACACUGGAAAAAUUAAACUUUAUGUGAUUUGGACAGCAUGAAGAAGUUAAGCACUGUAACGAAAACCUCCCUGAUGCUCGCAAUGACUAUUUGAUACGUUUGAAAAACAGCGGUGGAUUCGAGGGCUGGAGAAGUAUUAAUUAAUGAGACUGCCACUGCCUGUCAUGCUGAACAGCAAAUUAAAAAAAAAACCCCAACAAAACAGAGAGAGGAAGAAUGGGGGGUGUGCAGGGAAAAGGUGGCAUUCGGUGCUGAGAAAGCAAUGCUUGAUGAAGGAUUAAAGGGACUAAAGAGAAAGACCGUCAUUCUGCAAUGGUUUGUUUCAUUACAGUUUGGGGACCACUUGCAUUUCUAGUGCUCUUGCUCUUGACUGUGCACCAUUAAUAGUAUGUGAAUAUGGAAAUUGAAACACUUCCAGAGAAAAGCUUCUAUUCUGCUUUGGAAAAGAAAAGCUAGUCGAACACUAAGAAAAAAAAAAAAAAGAACAGGCUUCUGUGUUUUACUCUCAGGACCUUUUUUUUGUAACAGGGCUACUUUCUUCGACCUGAUCACAAAGGAAGUCUUCACAUUAAAAAAAAAAAAAAAAAAAAAUGCUUAGCUGUCUUAAUGCCGCUGAUCCAUAUGUUUAGAAGAGAAAAGGUGUUACUGAACAAGUUCAGGCAGCCCUGGGCCCAUAAAUGAACUCUCUGCUCCUGCAGUGGGUUCAGCGGGCCAGCUACCAUUCCUCCUUGGGCUUGGUGACAUUUUGGAAAAACGAGGAACUUCUUUUGUGGUGGCAGGUUAAUGUUGAUGUAAACGUGUCAUGUCUUGUAUUUGGUGAUCACUGGUGGUGUUAGGAAAAAAAAAAAG